AUGCAGAUGGCGGAUGUACAAAGCCCUCCCCACCUCUCCGUCAAAUUCAAUCUCUUUGUGGCUGGCACCAAGAAGAAAUCCGGAAGGGCAGCCCCGCAGGUCGGUAACACCAAGAAGAGAAAGGCCGAAGAUGAGGAUACCAAUGUCGAUGAUCUCAAGUCGCACCCUCCAUCCUCAAAGCCAAGACAGAAGAGGAAGAAGAAGUUCUUGUCGGCCUAUGAGGACAAAGUUUGCACCGGGACUAUAUAUGUAAAGUCCAAUGCAGCGUCAGACAAGGAUUCGGAUGCGGCUGGUCCGGAUUUAUCCGAUGCGGCGGAUGACAAGAGUUUCCUUGAGGUAGAGACAAGGCCUGCCGGAUGGGGUCAGGAUUCUCAGAUCGCAACGCCAUGGAAGCAUUCCGUUCGUUACCAUCCUCGGCAGUGCGACAAGUGCACCAAAUUGGACAUACCCUGCGUUGUCCUUCCAGACAAAAAGUUCGGAUACACUCAACUUGCAUGCGCAAACUGCGAUCACAUGAAGAUCACCUGUGCCAUUGACGGUGUCGGUGUCAGGCAGAGAAUGCAAGCGAAGGUGGCUGCGGCAACAUUAAAGCCGGCUAGAAACUUCGGAACACGCAUGAAGAUGUCCCGCACGAUCUCCAAGACCCCGGGUAAGAGAUCACUUGCCCAAUCCCCUCGGGUUGAGCUCAACUCGAUUGAAGAGAAGAAGCAACAGCUGGGUCCGUCGGUCGGUGCGCCCAUGCCCACAGUUCCAACCGUUGGCACAAGCCAUCGGCUGGCACAGGACAAUCAGCCUGCGCCAGAAAACCGUGCCAAUCCCGAGCCAACUGCAAGAGACAUCUUGCAGAGCAUCCACAACCUCGGCAGGAGAUUGGAUCUCCUGGCCACCAAUGAGAGGGUGGACGCCUUGGAGGUAAGAGUGCGUUCAGUGGAGAAUAUCCUCCACCAGCAGUUAGACGCACUGGAGCAAAGGCUCAACGCCUCAGAUGCCUGGUAG